AUGUCCUUCGAUGCGGGGGAGUUCUUCCAUCAUCGCGUCGACCAGGAUCAAUACAUCGUCUACGUCGGCAUGCUGGUGGCAAUGUUGUAUGUCUGGAUCAAAGAUAUCCUCUCCUCCGACAAGCAGCAAGACAGCCUCAGCAGAACUUUGAGGAAAGCCUUCCCAGCUCUCCAAUACCUCGUCAUUGCAGCAUCAAUACUUGCCUUUGGAUAUUACUUCUACUGGACCAACACAGCCCUGAAAUCCACAGCAGCUUUCAGCAAACUACAACCAUAUCUCACGAUCACGCCCAUCCUGACGUUCAUCAUCCUACGGAAUGCUCAUCCACUCCUUCGUAACUGGCACUCUGCAGCCUUCGCUUGGCUGGGCCGGUAUUCGGGUGAAAUGUAUGUGAUGCAGAAUCAUCUCUGGCUAGCAGUCGACCAGGAAAGCGUGCUGCGUACCGGCUUCUUCCAUGGAGAUGACACGGUCUGGGGCGAUCGGUGGAGAGAUCUAGUGCUCAUUACGCCGCUGUACUUGAUCGCUUGCAGUAUUGUUGGGGAUGCCACGGGCGUUAUUGCAAAUUGGUUUAUUGAAGACCAUGAGUCGACAGAAGCGACAGGUGAUACCAAACCUGUUGCUGAGGUUGAGAUGGGUCUGUUGGCUGGCGAAGUCAUGGAGGAAGAUGGAGCGCUUUCGACUGAGGAAGUAGCGAAUAGGCCGAGUGUCCUACAACGGGAAAAGGCUGCAGUGUGGCCAGCGAGAGUGCGGGACAGAGGUACUCGAGUACUCUUCGUGAUGUGGCUGUUGAAAAUCUUGUACACCUAG